CAUGACUAUAGACAGCUUUGCUCCAACAUCGAAAAGGUACCGAUACGUAGUGUUGCGCUAUUGCAUUAUAUUUGAUUAUAGUGUGAUAUGACGCCGCGUAUCUUAUAUGGACAUUUCGUGAUUCUGGUUUAAGACGUCAAUGGCUCGCCGUUAUUCAUAUUUGCAAUAGUCUUAAGAUAGCAGUGAAGCAUCCGAAUUUCACUGCGAUGGCUGAAAACCGGGAUGCGAUACUGGCUGAUUUUCAGGCAUGCACUGGAAUCGAUGAUUUCGGAGAAGCUAUUUUAUAUUUGGAAGAAACAAACUGGGAUCUAUUGGCUGCAAUAAAUAAAGCAAUGCCUCAAGGUACACAACAGUUACCCUCUGAAAUGACUUCGGAUGUAGAAAUGAUAGAGGAAAUUAAAGUAACACCACAUUCUUCUUCUUCGUCAAAACUACACACUGCACAAAGCUCAAAAAAGAUAGGGACAACAAAAGCAGAUGCAGUGGAAAGUGCAAAACCUGGAACAAGUAGACCUAAAAGUUGCAUGAGGAAUAGAACACUUACAUUCCACAUUAACUAUCUUGAUAAUGUUUAUAAAAUAAAUUUGUCUGAAUUAUCCACUUUGAAAGAUCUUAAGCAAUUUAUAUGGUAUAAAACAAAUAUAGCACCCUGUCAACAACAUCUUCAUGGUUGGAAAAAGGAACCCCAAACAUCGAAUACAAUAUUGCAAACGUUAGAUCUGCCUAGAGAAAAUACAUUGUACCUGUCAUCAUUAUCACAAGAUGGUGAUUCGUCUCACGAGACGGUAAGCCUGUCGGAUCGUAUGAUUCAAACUUACACUUUGAAUGUAAAGGAUGAAGUACAUAAUAAAACAUACAAUCUGAAAUUCCCUGGUACACGUACUGUAUUAGAAGUGAAGACGGACAUCUACUCAUUAAUAGAUGUACCUGUACGAAAUCAGCAAUGGAAAGGUUGGCCUAGUUCAUUGAAGGAUGAUAAUGUAAUACUGGCACAAAGUGGGAUUUGUUACCCCGAACAUGAUUUAUCCGUUGGAAAACUUCCUGCGAAGGAAGAAAAGAAAGUAAUAUCAUUCAGGAUAAAUUCACUCUUUUUAUAACAAUAAAUUUAUAUAUAAAAAUUUAUAAUAUUUGUCUCUCUCUCU